AUGACAACCAAUAUGGAGGUGCUGGCUCAGCAGAUAGUAGAGACACAGCAGGUGGCUGAGGUGAGUGAAGGAUGAUAUUACAGUAACUCUUGACUGGUUUUUAAAAAGAAAAUAUAAUUGUCUAUUGUUUACAGAUGGUCAGAUCUAAAGUGGAAUUUUUUCAUAAAAUGCUGGUUAUUCCACUUGAAAAUAUAAAGCGAUAUUUUUCAAUCCCCAUGUUUUGUACUGAACUUCAUCUGUAUAUAACAAAAUGUCCACCAGGAGAGCAGAGGGUAAUGCCCUUCCCCACCUUCUAAUGACAGCUUGUCAUACAGUGCUGCUGGGUGAAAAAAAUGUGGGGCCGCACUUAAUUCUGCAGCCAUCCCCCUAUAUCCUGCAUAGUCCUAGCAGCCUGGCUGAAGGGCCUAGAUGAGACCUGUAGGCAUAUGCAAGUCUUUGAACAUGUCCAUUGUGGCUUCUGCUGCUUCAUCCAUACAGAUAUUUCUUAUGCUUUUAAGCAGAUCUGUUUGCUGUUAGGUAAAGGUAAUGGACCCCUGACCAUUAGGUCCAGUCGUGACCGACUCUGGGGUUGCGGCGCUCAUCUCGCUUUAUUGGCCGAGGGAGCCGGCGUACAGCUUCCGGGUCAUGUGGCCAGCAUGACUAAGCCACUUCUGGCGAACCAGAGCAGCGCACGGAAAUGCCAUUUACCUUCCCGCCUUGCUGUUAGCUGUGAAUUAAUCUAUGUUUUUCUGAUUAGUCUAAUCUCAUAUCAUCCACUUGUACCAUCCCAGCCAACACAUUUUUUAUUUCUGCACCAGGCUUCUAACUUAUAAUAGCAUACAGGAACUGUUUACAGAAUGGGUGUUAAGUGAUUGUGUAUUUCUGUCAAGGAGGUCAUAGAUUAUGCUGUUGAUAAGUAGUUGCCCAUUGUCUGUUUUAAACCUGCGUUGUAGGGUUCUAUUUCAUUUAUGCAUCCUUUGCAUACAGUAAGCCCUCAAUUUAUGUGGGGGUUAUGUUCUGGGGAUUGUGCCUAAAGCCAACAUUGUGUAUAGUCAAAACCCAUUAGGUUCAAUGGUGGGUAGGAUUGCCAAAGUCAUUUUCCCUGGAACCCUGCCCCAUUUACUUAUUUAUUUAUUUAUUUAUUUAUGCCAUGCACAUAAAGCUGAAUGCACACAAGUUAAAUGUGUGUAGGUUGUGGGCUUACUCUAUCUUUUUAAAAUGGCCAGGAGCCUUCUCACCAUCAUCAUCUAGUGAAAAUACUGUGUUCAUUUUUCUCAGAUUUAAAUCCAGUGACCAUAUCUUAAGGCUAGAUGACUGUUUAUUAAUAAAGAUUAUAUCCCAGGUUUUUUAAAUCUGCAUUUGAAAUUAAGGUUUGUUAAAAUUUAAUGAAAUGUUCCUUGAAGUAACAUUGUUCAACUAGUUUCCUCUGUUGCACAAUAUAGUUAUUGUAGUCCUUUGUUUUAUCAGUAGCAUUGCAACAUCUACUUUUUACAUUUGGGUUUUCUGUCUUGUCAUUUGUUGUUUCUACGUUUUUACUCUUCAAUAUCACUAGCCAAGCUGUCCAGUUAACUGAGUUAAUUCUGAAAUAGUCUUCAGUUCAGAAUAACCAAAUACAUCUAUAUACAUUAUUUUUUCUAUUAGCAAAAUGCCCAUGAAAUUAUUGGAAUGUAUGUUAUAUUUGCUUAUUUGCAUUACUGGAGGAGACUGACAUUGAGUGGGCACUAGGACACCACCAGGUGAAUGUUGUUGCAUUCCAUUCAUUUGAAGAGAAAGAAAAUGUUAACCUUUAGGUGAGAACAGAUUUAUCUACUUACUCCUCAUGUAACAAGGACCCUCUAUUCCUAGGUGAAAUAUUGUACUCAAACCUCUAUAUAUCCGAUGGCUAAAGAGGCAACAUAUAUUGGCUUCACAUAGUCUGCCAUUAUUUGUGGUUGCCAUACUCCUCUUUCUUCCCUUGAGUCCUCUGGAACACAUAGAAAAAUCAGGGGAGUGGUUGUCUCUCAGUGCUUUGGUCUUUGGAAAGGGCAUGAGCAGUGAGAAUCUUUGUUAUCAAGUUAAAAAGUGGUGCCUCGCAAGACGAAAUUAAUCCGUUCCGCGAGUCUCUUCGUCUAGCGGUUUUUUCGUCUUGCGAAGCAACCCUAUUAGCGGAUUAGCGGUUUAGCGGCUAUUAAAGGCUUAGCGGCUAAAAGGCUAUUAGCGGCUUAGCGGCUUAGAAAAAGGGGGGGGAGCGAAAAAAAAUCGCAAGACUCGCAAGACUUUUUCGUCUAGCGAAGCAAGCCCAUAGGGAAAUUCGUCUUGCGAAGCGCAACGAAAAAUGGAAAACCCUUUCGUCUAGCGGGUUUUUCAUCUUGCGAGGCAUUCGUCUUGCGGGGCACCACUGUACGGAGUCAGAAGCCAAACGCUUCUCUCCCCUGAAUCUUCUGUUUAAUCCAGAGUGCGGAAGAGGGGCAAGAGAUUGGUUUCUCAGUUGGCACAGUGAAAUACACCCCUGAAAAUGUGCAGCGAACUUGGAGUUUUGCGUUGAGCAUGUGGGAGAGGGAUUGUCACCAAUGGUGACCUAUGACCUUUCCCUUCCUGUCAGUUUCCAAACUAUGCCUAUCCUAACUACCAGUAAGGUGCUUGAAAAUAGGAAGGCGGACAGACUCAGACACAAAUGAGCAUAAACGUUACGUGGAUUGGGGUUUUGCUUGGAAAGGAUGGUCUUGUUAGCUGCUGAAGUAGUUGGUCUAAUAAUACAGUAAAUCACCCAGUGCUGGGGGGAAGCAUUGCAGUUCAGCACAAAGCAUGUCACUGAGAGUGCCAUCUUUAAUUUAACCAUUUUCUGAACAAUAAUGACCUGGCACUAUGCAUAAAUUUAUGCAGUGAAAGUAUAUUGCAUAUAAUGUUUUGUAAUGUCAUGGUAUCAGCACUUUAAAAAAGCUGAAUCAACAUAAUGUGGUCCCCGCCCACCUUUUCAGAAGUUUCUGUGAUUUUCGGAAAUAUUUGUGUGUUGUGUUAAUUUACAAGACUUAUAGUUAUCUAGUUGUUGUUGUUGUUGUUGUUGUUGUUGUUGCUCCUCCAGAGACUUAAAAUGGUAGCUUUAAUUCUUCUAACACAUACCAUGAAAUUAAUGGAUUUAUCAUUAUGUGCAAUAAAACUGAUUCCAGUGCAAAAUAUUUGAUGGGUGCACAAGAAUGUAGUGUUAGUUUAGCUAUAUUAAGUUAAUGAACUGUAAAGAUAAAAUAAGUCCCAUAGGGAACAAAAUAGUUUCCUUUUUUCAUGUUACUGGUCUGAAAAUUAUUCAAGAGCUGGACAAUUUAUUUUCUCUUGAAUUUUGCUACUUUGUAGUUUUUAUUCAGCAGUAGUAGUUGGGCACAGGGGAGACAAAGAGAAGGAGAAGCUUUGUAACCUGGGUACAUCUCCCCCAGUGAAAUUAAUUGUAUUAUUAGACAAACUGCUUCAGCAGCUGGCAAAACAGCAGGAACACGUCGAUUCUGCUUCCUUGGUUACAGGGAGUGAUAGUGUACUUGACCUUCAGAGGAGCAGGGUCAUAGAGAGGGCAUUUUUAAACAAUUCUGUCUGGUUUUGUGAUUGGAAUCUUUAUAAAUGGAGCUCGGAUACAAACAUUUGGGAACAGACUAAAACUGAUCUCUUCGUUCCUCUUCGAUUGUUUUGGCCAAAGAUCUUUGCUGAAGAAAAAUGUAAAUAAAGCUGCAGAAGGAUUUGACACUGUAAGUACUAGAGUCUGUACAGUAUCAAGCGAGAGGCUCCAGGAAGCAAAUGAUUCAAAGGUUAUUGAAGAUGGGAGUGUUGUUAUUUUUAAGAAGAAACAUUUAUGUUAAAUGUAUAGUCCUUUCACUUUGCUUAUCUAAUCCUUGUAAAUGUUUUAACUUGACAGCAAUUUUAACUAAGAGUAUAUUGCUAAUACUGCUCCUAGUUUAAAUUGAUUUAAAAUUCAGAAUAUUCUAAUUUCACAGUAAUGGCCAUUUAUCUGGAAGCUGACUUCUAAUUAAUAGUUUGAAUAAUUAGCACUACUUGUUCUCUUUAAAUAGUAUGUACAGUAUUUUAGCACAGAAUUUUAAUCCACAGUUUAAAGCAGUUUCUACAACAAGCGUAUUAAGAUUUAGUUUGUAUUUCCUGAUAAACUAGAAUAUACUGCCUUUUGCUCAACAGAAAUGAAGGGUUAUUACAGGUUAAAAUUUCAGAGUAGGAAUAAAUCUGAUACCAAGUAAAUUGUUUACCUACCUAUUGCCAAAUGCUGCAGAUGACUAACCUUUUUCUGACCUGUGUAUAAAGGUGAGAUUUAAAGAGAAACCAAUGGGUACUGACUGUAAUAGUUGUAGAACUACAGAUAUAUAGGAUUCAAAAUAAAUUAGUUAGAACAUGUUGGGUAGCUUUAAAAGUGGAGUUAAAUAUUUAAAGUUAAAUGUCCUUUUCUUUUUUACAUAAUGCAGCAUCUUCUCAACAUUUGCUAUAUUUUGUCAGUGUCAAAAAUGCAAAGUUAGCUUUUAAACAGAGAGCUCUUGCAUUGUGCUUUUGAACUUUCCUUAUGGAUAACAAUAGCAUUCUGCAAGUCUUAUACCAUUUUAUUGUGUGGGUGAUAGCUAAUGUUAGUCAUACACAGAGUAACAUUGAUUACUGGGGAGGCUGUUCUGAGUAUGACAUUAUUGGAUAUCACCUGUUUAUUUACAUAGCUGGUCUGUUUCAUCUAAGAUCUGUAGGCAGUACAGCACCAAGGACCAAGCUGAGGAGCUGCAAACCACUUGUAUAUUUCAUUUGUGUUUACCUAAUUAACACAUUUUGCAUAAAAUUUUAAUAUGGUGGCUUUGUGUUCUUUCCCCAUGAUACUCCCUGUAGCUGUAAGACUACAAGUGGCAUUCUGAGGAUAUUUUUCUUGGGAAAUAAUAAUUAGUUAAUUGUGUUCUUAAUGUAAAAAAUAAUUAGUAACCAGAUAACACUGUUGCAUGUGUUUCAUAUUAAAAUAUCAUUCCUUUGUAUUUAUUUUUAUUUAUGCACUGUUUAAUUACAAUAGUCUCAAUGUGGUGUAAAAGGAACACAAUACUAUAUAAAUAAACAUUGGUUAAAACUAUAAAAAUAAAAUUAAUUCACAAUACCUUCCAGGUACAAAAAGAAAAUUCUCCAGUAGGCACCGGAAGUUCAGAAGGGAGGGAACCUGUCUUAUCUCAGCUGGAAGGGAGUUCCAUAAAAUGGGCCCACAAUUCUGAAUGCAUGGCUGCUGGUAGAUACAAGCUGUGUAUACAAGCCAUGGUGGAUCACUGACAGUGACUCCCCCAAAGACCUUAGUGGUGUCUUCAAGAAAUAACGGAUCAGGUAGUCCUUGAGGUAUCCUGGACCCAAGGUAUUAAGGGCAUUGUAAAUUAACACAAGAACCUUGAACCUGCAUAGGGAUUGUUUUGUCUUUACAUGCUUUUUGUUCUAUAGAAUUUAUAUUUGCUUAAGGGAACAAUUGUGAACGUAAGAAUUUCUGUUUGUCUUGUGUGUGAAAGGACACUGAGCAAGAUCACUUAUUUGAUGACAAGUGGCCAGAAUUUUCUGUUUGGUUGACUGCUAGAUGCAUUUUCCGAAUUUGCAAAAUAAUAGCUACAAAAUGCUUUAUAUUGUCAUAUUUGUAAGACUUGUCUGUCUGAGGAGUCUCUCUCUCUCUGUGUCUCUCUCAUUCUUUCUUUUGCCCAAGAUUCUCUAACAUAGAAAAAAUGGUUCUAUUACAAUGGCUCAGUUCAGAUGCAGUACCAAGUUGUUGUUUGGCAUUAUAUACACAAGUCUUGGUCUUGCAUGCUCCCUUCUCCUUAUGCUAUCCCUGACUUUGGCUGCAGUCCUACCUAUACCCACUUCUUUGGGAAUAAACCUCAUUGAACUCAAUGGGAUUUACUCCUGAAAACAUCUGUACAGGAGUGUGCUAUUAGUCAUGACAAACUAUAGUUUGCCAUGAACAUCUGAACUAAGCAGGCGAUGGAAAGAAUCUGAGCAUGCUGUGGAGGAGGGAGUGCAUGAUUCUGAGGCUCAAUUACUUUCGUAUGGUGAAAGAAAGCAGGCUGCAACUACAGAUGGGUGAAGGGUUGGACCCGUCACUGAUGCCAGCGGCUUGUUUGCACAACCUAAGCAAUAACCCUUAGUAUCCAUUUUUUCUUUCUCCCAUAAAAGUGAAUGACUGCCAUUAGUGCCUAGCAGAGCAGGAGUAAACUGCUGCAAUUGCACACCAAUGUGAUGGUGAAUGGCCUGUCCUCCACUGACAGGGAUCCCAUAGAGAGGUCUUUCAUACACACAUCUCAGGUAUCACUCAAAUAUUUGACUUUUUCUAUGCCUGCCCCACAUUAUACUUAUGCUUCUAUUUUAAAUUAAGACAAAAAUUAACAACUGCAUACUGAACUCUUUUUAUUUAAACCCCCCCCCCCCACUAAUAUCCUGCCUAUGGUGGCUCACAAACAUCAGUUAAGGCAAUAUACAGUUUGUAGAAUAAUUAAACAAGUGAACAAAAUAGCAGCUAAAUUCAUAGAAGGCAGAAAGAAACUAAAUCAAACUAAAAAUACAGCAAAACAAAAAUUUGCAGCACACCAAAACUCUGGUAAAGAUGGGGCAGUGUGAUCCUCCUGGAACUGGGAGUUGCACAGCCCAGCUGUGCAGUUGAAAAGGCCCCUCUCAUGCCCUGACCACUUGGUCUUCAGUGGUAAUUGGAUGCAAAGCAGGGCCUCUGAUGAAUAUGGCAAGCAGGCUCAUGUUGGAACUAAACUAUCCUUCAUGUAUCCUGGUUUCAACCAUUGGGGGCACAGGUGGGGAAUCCCUGGCCCCUUUUCAAUCUUGCCCAUUUCCAACAAGGAAAUUAUGCUUGUGGAGGAUCAUUUGCACAAAAGGGCCUUUCCCCACUAAAUUGCUGCAAACAGGGAUUUCGUGGGUAGCAGCUGAGGAGCGAUGGGUUAAUCCUCCCUUUUCCACACUGUGCUACUCCAUCCUCAGCCAGGUGAUAACCAGCACUUUGAAUUGUGCUCAGAAAUGAACUGGUACUCCAUGCUGAUUGAACAGUAUGAAAAGUAUUUGUUCUGAAAAACGGGCCCGCAACAAAACUCUGGCUUCCAAAUUUUGUAUCAGCUGAAGUUCCUGAAUAGUUUUCAGAAGCAACUUUCUAUAGAGUUUAUGUGACCAUCGUUAGAUCUGCUUUUUGCAGAACAGAGCACAGUUGGUACAUCUCCUGAAGCUAUGCAAGGGCCCUCUUUCCCACAGCCAGUUAGUACUCCUGAGAGGCUGUUGAAGAAGCUUCCAAAAAAAUCUAGUACUGAAACAAAAAAAUCUAGUACUGUACGGAUACAAAAAUUAUCCUAAUGGAGCCAGGCUAAUUCAGGCAACAUUUCCUGCCAUCAAACUAGUUCUUCCUUGUUGUAUAUGGUAACAGCCCCACCGAAAUCCUCUGAGGCAAGGCAGGCAAGCUGAGCAACUGGAUUGUAAUGGAAGCAGUCUUCCCUUGCUGGCAGUUGCCAGGCAGCGGGUCCUCUGAGGCAAAGGACCAAAUAAACAAAUCAAAAUGCAGAUAACUCAGAUUUAUAACCCAGGUCAUAGGUGUGUAAUUGCAAGAAAAAAGAGGUAGAUUUCAGUGACAAAAACACUCCAACCUGUAAGGUGCAGUGGCUAUGUUUGCAUGUCACACAGUGAUUUAGCAAAACUUGCACAAGCAGGAAGAAGCAUAAGUUGCCUUGUUUUGAAUUUGAACAUAUUUAGCUUGUGGGGUGGAGAGAAUAACUGGGGGAGGGAAGGAGUGUUGUCCCUGCCAAUCUUCUGAGAGGGAGGCUUCAAGUCCUUGUUCCUUUCCCUGCUGGACUCUAUAGUGUUAAAAGGAACAGGCUUAAGGCUGACUUCCAGCCCUGAACCUAAGCAUUUUAUAGCUAUAUAAGGUGAGCAGGAUGUUUCUGGAAACGGAUAGCCAUUUUCCUUCCACAACUCCUAAUACCUCCCCAUAUUGUGAUGGGAGGGGGAUUUCUUUUCUUUUUUAAAUUUCUUUUUAUUAAAUUUCUAAGCCAAACAACAACAGGAAAAAAAAAAAGAAAAACAAACCGAACACACCAAUGAGAAGAAAAAAGAAAGACAUCAACCAAAACAGAAAAUGUAAACAAACCAGAAGACAAACAUCAGUUAACACAAAUAAAAGUUGAUUUCCCUCCAUCUCGAUUUUGGAUUAUGUAAAGUAGUAAUUCUGUUCUGCAGUUUUCAUUUUAUAUCAUCUAAACAUCGCAAGGAUUAUAUUAAACCUACUGCGAUUUUUAUAUCUCUAGAAUUUGAUUCCAUGUACAUUAUAAAUUUAUUCCAGUCAUCAAUAAACUUUGUACCUUUUUGCUGUCUGAUAUUCUGUGUCAUUCUUGCCAAAUCCAUAUAUUCAAAUAAUUUAAUUUGCCAAUCUUUAACAGUCAGGAUAUUUGGGGUUUUCCAAUUUUUUGCUAAAAAGAUCCUGGCAGCUACGGUUGCGUAUUGAAACAUUAUAUGAUCCUCUUUUUUAAUCUCGUCUCCGAUCAUUCCCAGAAGAAAAGCUUCAGGUUUUUUAACGAAAGUGUAUUUUAAGUAUUUUUUUCAGUUCAUUAUAUAUUGAUUCCCAAAAUUUUUUGAUUUCUUCACACUUCCACCACAUGUGGAAGAAACUUCCUUCUUUGGUUUUACACUUCCAACACCUAUUAUCUCCGGUCUUAUACAUUUUUGCAGUUUCACAGGGGUGAUGUACCAACGGUACAUCAUCUUUUCCAUAUUUUCUCUGAGGGUGGUGCAAGCUGUAAAUUUCAUUCCUUUAGUCCACAGCCUCGUCCAUUUGUUGAAGUCCAAAUUGUAUCCGAGGUCUAUAGCCCAUUUUGUCAUAACAUCCUUAACCUCCUCAUCCUUGGUGUCCCAUUCUAAUAGCUGAUUGUACAUUUUAGAUAGCAGUUUAGUUUUACCUUCUAUUAUUUCUACCUGGAACUUGGAUUUUUUUUCGUUCAUUCCGAUCUUUUUAUCUUCCUUCCAUAGGGCAUUGAUUUGAUGGUACUGCAGCCAACCUGAUAAUUUACUUUUUAACUCUUCAUAUGGUCUAAUUUUCCAUCCUCUUUCUGAUCUUUCUAGGAGGUCUUCAUAAGUCCAUCUCUCACCUUCUAUAUUUGUUUUUUUAAUAGUUAACAUAUCUAUAGGCGAUAGCCACCAGGGUUUUUUUUCCCCCAACAGUUUCUUGUUCUUUUCCCAUGUUUCUAACAAUGUUCCUCUGAUAAUAUGGUUCGAGAAGCCUUUAUGCACCUUUUCCUUAUUCUGCCAGAGAUAAGCAUGCCAACCAAAUCUUAAGUCAAAUCCUUCUAGGUCUAGCAGGUCUGUAUUUUUCAAAAUAAUCCAUUCUCUAAGCCAGCAAAGGCACGAGGCUUCAUAGUACAGUCUCAGAUUUGGGACCGAGAAUCCUCCCCUGUCUUGUUUAUCCGUUAACAAUUUAAAUCUAAUUCUCGGUCUUUUACCUUGCCAUAUAAAUUUAGAGAGAAUUUUUUGCCAGUUUUGGAAUAUUGCACUUCCUGUAAUCACCGGAACGUUUUGGAAUAGGAAUAAUAAUUUCGGCAGUAUGCACAUCUUAAUUGCUGCCAUUCUACCUGACCAGGAGAGUUUGAUCCUGUUCCAGAUGUCUAGUUCCUUUUGGAUAUCCUUCCAGGUAUUAAUGUAGUUAUCAGCCAUUAAAUUUAUGUUUUUCAUUGUAAGCCACACUCCUAGGUAUUUUACCUUUUUUACUUCUUUAAUUCCUGAUUGGAGUUCUAAUUGCCUCCUUAGGUCUUCCUCCAUGUUCUUUACCAUCAUUUUAGUUUUAGUUUUAUUUAACUUAAAGCCCGCUACUCUCCCAAAUUCCUCCAGAAGUACCAGGGCUUUGUCCAUACUUGGUUUUGGGUCCUCCAGUGAGAUUACCAAGUCAUCCGCGUAUGAUUUCAAUUUGAAUUCUUUCACCCCAAUUCUAAUUCCUCGUAUCUCUGGUGUUUUCCUUAUCUUAUUUGCAAUUACUUCCAAUACCAUUAUGAAAAGAAGCGGUGACAGGGGGCAGCCUUGUCUCGUACCCUUGGAAAUCUCAAAUGUAUCAGUUAAAUUGUUGUUAAUAAUCAAUUUGGCUCUUUGACUAGAAUAAAUUGCUUUGAUUCCCUCCAUAAAGGCACCUUCUAUCCCUGCUGUCUCCAUACACUUUAAUAAGAACUGCCAUGAAACAUUAUCGAAUGCUUUUUCUGCAUCGAUAAAAAUUAAUACUGCAGGGAUUUCAUUUUUCCUUUCCAGGUAUUCGAUGAUAUUUAUUAUGUGCCUAACGUUAUCUUUUAGUUUUCUAUUAGGAAGGAAUCCAGCUUGGUCCGUGUGUAUUACAUUUUUUAGGUAAUGCUUAAGUCUGUUUGCCAUAAUAUCCGCAAAUAUUUUAUAAUCAUUAUUAAGAAGUGAUAUCGGUCUGUAAUUUUUUAUACUCAGUUUAUCUGACUCCGCUUUAGGUAUCAACGUUAUGUGGGCAUCUUUCCAGGAGUCCGGUAUCUUCCCUCCUUGUAGGAUGUUAUUCAUUACAUCACAUAGCACCGGGGCUAACUGUUCUCCAAUAACUUUAUAAUAUUUGGCCGACAAGCCAUCUGGGCCCGGAGCUUUCCCUAAUUUCAUUUUCUUUAUUGCUUCCUGGACUUCCUCUAUUGUUAUGGCCUUGUUCAAUUGGGUUUUCUCUUCCUCCGUUAUGGAUGUUAUUCUGUUAUUUUCUAAGUAUUUUCCUAUUUCUAUUAUAUCUUCUUCUUCUUUUCUGUAUAAUUUUUCAAAGAAUUUUAGGAAGUUUUUCUUUAUUUCGUUUGGCUCUUCCACAAGCCUUUCUUCUAUUUUGAUCUUGUUGAUCACAUUUUGCUUUUUCCUUUUUCGUAGUUGCCAGGCUAAAAAUUUUACCGCCUUGUUUGCGGAUUCGAAAAUUUUUUGCCUCAUUGAUUUAAUUCUCCAUUCAACUUCUUGGUUAAUUAACGUUGAGUAUUGUAAUUGUAACAAUUUGGAUGUUUGUUUAAUCUGAUCAUCACUAGGAUUUGUUAUUAAUUUUUUCUCAUAUUCUCUUAAUUGGGUCAGGAUUUCAUCUUUCUUUUGUUCUUUUAUUUUUUUCCUGUGACUAUUUUGCUGGAUUAGAAAGCCUCUUAGCACCGCCUUACUAGCAUCCCAAACCAUAUCAAUAUUUGUCUCUUUAUUAAGGUUUAACUCAAAGAAGUCUUUUAAAGUGUUUUUGGCCUUUUCAGUUACAUCUUCGUUUUCAAAUAAGUAUACAUUCAUUCUCCAUCGAUACAUACCCUGAAUUCCACACUUAAUUUCCAGGGAUAUUGAAUUAUGGUCAGACAGAGUUCUGGGUUGUAUUUCACAUUUUGCAGCUCUUGUUACUAGUUCUCUUGAUACCCAAAUCUGGUCUAUUCUACCCCAGCUCUGAUGCGGCUCUGAGAAAAAUGUAAAUUGUUUUGUCAAUGGGUUUUUGUGUCUCCAGAUAUCCGUCAGGUCUAAAUUUUCUUCAAGGUUUUUAAAUGAUUUAGGUAAUUUCCCUUGGCUCAGUUUUCCCCUUUUUACACUUCUGUCAUGUUCUGGAAUUGGCACUCCAUUUAAGUCACCGAGUAAAAUCAGUUUAUGAGUCUCUAAGUCCAAUAAUAUUUGUUCCAGUUUUUUGAAAAAUUCUGCUUUAUUCGUAUUUGGGGCAUAAACAGUUACUAGGUUAAAUUUUUCUCCCUGAUGGUUAAUUUGUAUCCCCAAAAUUCUCCCUUCCUCAUCUUUGCAUAUUAACUUGGGGUCCUCUUUUUCUUUAGCGUAUAUGACCACUCCUCUUUUUUUGUUUGUAUCAGAAUUAAUAAAUUCGACCCCCAACCUUUUAUUUAUCAGGAUGUGUUUAUGCUUUUUAGCUACAUGUGUUUCCUGACAACAUAUCACAUCAACAUUCUUUUUCAUCAAAACCUUAAAGAUUCUAUUCCUUUUAGAUUUAUCAUUUAGUCCAUUCACGUUCCAAGAUAGAAUUUUAAGAGUCAUUAUCGUAUAUGUUACUUUUUAAUUCGUAUUGCACUCGUUCUCAAGCUUACGAUCUAGUUUUCCUGUUCCUUGUAGUUUCUUCCUCCUUUUCUUCCUCUUCUUCUCCUAACUCCUCUUCUUCUCCACCUACUGCUCCUUCCUCUUCCACUUCCUCUUCUUCCUCUUUUCUCUCUCUCUUUUGCUUCUCUGUGUUUUUUACCUUCUUUUCCUUCCUCCUUUCUGUAUACCUCCCUCCUCCUCCGUACCUUUCUUCCCGUUUUCCAAGCUCCUUCUCAUAUCUUCUCAAAAAAAAUUCUGCUUCUUGUGUAUCUAUCAAUCUGAAUCUUUUAUCUUUAUAAUAGAAGGUAAUUCCUUCAGGGAACUCCCAUCUAUAUUGUAUAUUGUUUCUCUGUAAGACACUUACUAUUUGUCGGUAUCCUUGUCUUUUACGCAAAAAUCUAAUUGGUAUUUCUUUGUAUAUAAUAAUUGUUCUGUUUUCAAUUAUUAAUUUUUUUCGGUAACUUGUUCUUAAUAUCAUAUUUUUCAUCUCAAUUGAGUUGAAAAUCAUCAAACAAUCGCCAGGAGAUUUUUUUAGUUUGAGCUGCUGGGGUUUCACCCUUAUUCUAAAUGCGCUUUCUACAGUAUAGGCUACUUCUUCCUCUUUUAUUUCCAACCAUUUUGCUAAUUCUCUUAUCAUUUUUCCUCUUAUAUUCUCAUUGAUUUCUUCUUCUACUCCUCUAAAUUUUAAAUUGAGUUGUUUCUGAUGCAUUUCUGUCAUAGCUAAGCUAUCCUCAAUCUGUUCUUGUGCUUUGUUCAAAUGUCUUAUUUCCUCCUUCAUUUUUUCUGUCUUCCUUAUAUGUUCCUUCAAUUCUUUUUGAAUUUUCUUGUUUGAUUCCUCUAUUACUUUUGAUCUAACUGAUAGGUGUUGUAUUUUAUUGGUGAGUUCUCCCACAGCUCCUUCAAUUUUUUUAUCUAUCUGUUCCUGCACUUCUCCUAAUUUACUUUCCAUAUGUAGUUCACUCUGUUUAAAUUCCUCUUUGAUCUUUAACCACAAUAUGUCUAGGUCUUUAAUUUCCUCCUGUCGUGAGGCCUUUCUGUCCCCAGGAGUCCCUCCUACCUUUUUUCCGUUUUUCCCUGACAUUUUGUGAUUAUUUACACAAUAGUCUGUGUUAAUUUUCUGUCUCUCCCCUGAGGGGCGCACAAUCUUUUUUGUUUGUUUGUUUUGUUUUGUUAUUCUUAUUUUUCUAUGUCUUAACCGCUCUACUUUAAUUUCCCUUAUUACACCCGUGCGAUUUUGUUUUUCUUCUUUUAUAUUCUUACAGUUUCUUUUAUAUCACUUUCUAUUGUAUUUCCUUUUUUUCAGACAGAGUAUUACCUUUAAAGUCAAUUAAUUCAACUGUAUCCUAAAGUACAACCAUAAUAUCUCCGAGUACCACCAAUGUCUGCUAGAAAAUAUGUACUAUUAUAAUAUACAGUUACAGAUCCAGUUGGAUAAUAAAAUGUCCAGAAAUCAAAGAAAAUAGCUUCACUAAUAAUCCCAGUAUAUCUCGACCUUGGCAAUCUUAAAGUCUUGUUUAUACACCUUAGUACCUUCCUUAGGCUCUUGUUUUUCUUCAAAUAAUUCCCCCCUCCUAGGGUAUUAUUAAUAGUAUAUGACAAUAUAGUUUGUUUUCCCCAACCGUCCCUUAAAACCUUAGCACCCUCUGAAAGUUUGGUUAAUUUCUCCAAGACUCAAAUAAUUAUUACUUAUAUAAGAAUUAUUCCUGUUAGAGUGGUUUUCUAAAGUCCACGUAGAUUCUGAUGGGAGAGCAGUAAUUCAGUUCCGAUUUCUUUUAAUUUCUUUAAUCUUCCACCACUUCCCGGUUUAGUCCAUCUCAUGUAAAAGAUAUUCUAUAACUUAGUCCAUGUCCUAAUCCAAGGUCUAGUAAGGCUAAUAAUUCAGGCUUUAAUCCAUGAUCUAAAUCAGACCUGUAAAUCUAAAUCAGACCUGUAAACCAAUUAGAUCCCAAUGCCACAAAAUCACUGGUCCGGUCUCUAUCACGAAAUCACUGUUUCAAUCUCUGUCCCUGAAGAAAAGGAGAUCACUGGUCCAGUCUCUAUCACCAAAUCACUGUUUCAGUCUCUAUCACAAAAAGGAAGAAAUCACUGGUCCAGUCUCUGUCACCAAAUCACUGGUCCGGAUUCUGUCCCCAUUUCCUGUUUAUAUUUUCAAGUCCAUAAAAGAUGUGAAUGUCCAAUUCAAAGUGUUGUAGAUAUCCAGUUAUGGUCUACUGGGGUGUAAAAACCCCUGUUUUUAACACUUAAAGUUAUUUUCCAAAUUUUCCCAGGGUUUAUCGGGUGAUAUUUUCCGCAUUCCAAUUAUUUCUGGUUUUUUCUAGCUCCAACGCUUGAAUGUAAAUCUUUCCCACAGAGAAAAAAAACCCAACAAAAUAGGAAACGGGAAGGAGGGGGUUAACUUAAGUCCAAUUUCUCAGCAGUAAGAAUCGAAAGAGAACCCAGGAUCAUUGCAGUCAAAUAUAACCUUUUUUCUUAGGCAGUUCUUAUUUGAAAGAGAGGAGACGUUUCUGCCAGUCUUCCCUUAUUCUUGUCUUUACUGUAACUUUGUUAUUUUUAAUGCAGCUUCCAAGCUUUCCCUGUUUUCUUUUAAAAUUAAACUUCUACUAGUCGUCUCAAGCUGCUCUGUAUUACGUUUCUAAUUAUCACUCUCACUGAGAGAGAACAACAAGGUCUCUGGAUAGUCCUUAAUCUGUUGCUUUGUUUUACAAAUUCAAAAGUCUAUUUCAAAGUCUAUUCAAAAGUCUCCCAUAUUGUGAUGGGAGGGGGAUUUCUUUUAAUGCCACAACACACAUUCAUGAAAACCUAAUGCCCACCUUCAGAGUCCUAUAAGCUGUUUGCAUCUCAACCCGGCAAAUUCCUCCUCCCAUUCCUUUUCUUUUUUUGCCUCAGCUGACAACAUCCAUAUGCCAUUCAAAGGAGCUCAGGGUUCUGGAAAGAAGUAAACAUAGACCAUUUAGGCUGCUGGUAUAUUAUCUGGAGAAUCAAAAUAAUGUUUUAUAUAAUUCUACAUACUCAAGGAGCCCCCCUGAGUAUGCAGAAACCAUUGUUGUUAUUUUUAUAUGCCCCAAUUCAUUGCCAAAAGGAUAGUCACUGAACCACCCAAGUUCAGUGUUAGAAGAAACAAGUGGAUUUGCAACACAGUGCUGCAAUCUAUCCUUACUUCCUAAGGGGAGUGCUGCUGUCCUGGGCUCCAUAUACAUUCAGGAACAAGAGUCUUGCAGUCCUCUUCAGGUCUCUUGAGCAAAGGGCUCAGGGGUGGGAAAGGGCCUCCUCAAUAUCUUCUCCAAAUACUCCAUAUACAGGGCUGCCUGCUCCAAAUCUGAACCUCCGUUUUCCUUUCCUCUUCUCCCACAAACAACUGAUGUUCCAACGUGUCUUAACUGCUUCCAACACUGUCUCAGUAACUUCUGGUUCUGUUGGUCCUCCCUUCUCCCCCUUUUGUUGAUACAAACUGUUGUUUGCAUUAUGUAACCUUGCAGGCAUUUUUGUUACUUCAAAUAAAUAGACAAACAACCUUGCAGGCAUUUUUUGUUACUUCAAAUAAAUAGACAAACAAACUUCUGCAUAUCCAGGAAGCCCUCAUCUAGAAACCACUCCUUCAUUUUUAAAUGACCCUAUUUCAUUUUCAGGCACUCAAGCAUCUGAGUUCACUGUUACAGAGUGUGAUCAUGAUGACUCAAUAUUUGGUUGGUUGUAGAAGGAAACUUCUAACUUUCCUUUCAAAAAUGGAAAUGUCUGUGAAUGUCUUUUUUUAAAUGCCCAAACAAUCAGUACUACCCCAUAUUUAAUUUUGUAUAUGAUUUCUGGUGAUAAGUGCAACACUUACUACCUUAACACUAGACAAGUAGCAUCUUAUCUAUAGUCCUAAACUGGGGCAUCCGAUUUCAUGGCUGAUCAUCCUGUUAGAGGAAGUGUUAGUCCUUUGGGUAUGGGAGUAUUAGUGAAUUGUUUCAGAUAAACAUUUCCUGCUGGAAGUACUUAGUACAGUGGUGCCUCGCAAGACGAAAAGAAUCCGUUCCGCGAGUCUCUUCGUCUUGCGGUUUUUUCGUCUUGCGAAGCAAGCCCAUUAGCGGUUUAGCGGAUUAGCACUAUUAGCGGCUUAGCGGGCUUAGCGGAUCAGCUGAUUAGCGGCUUAGCGGAUCAGCUGAUAAGCGGCUUAGUGGCUUAACGGAUCAGCUGUUAAGCGGCUUAGCGGAUCAGCUGAUAAGCGGCUUAGCGAUCAGCGGUUUAGCGGAUCAGCUGAUAAGCGGCUUAACGGCUUGGGAAAAGGGGGGGGGAAGGAAAAAAACCCCGCAGGAACUCGCAAGACAUUUUCGUCUUGCGAAGCAAGCCCAUAGGAAAUUCGUUUUGCGAAGCACCUCCAAAACGGAAAACCCUUUCGUCUAGCGGGUUUUCCGUCUUGCGAGGCAUUCGUCUUGCGGGGCACCACUGUAUUUGAGUUUUAACCAUUUUCACAAUUUUGUUUGCCAUGCAUUAAAUCAGUUUUUAAAUUAUUCAAUAUAGGUGCAAACCGUACAGACAACAUUAUCUGAAUCUCCAGUGAUGACCAGCCCUUCCCAACGCAUCCAGAUAAUCUCCACAGAUUCUUCAGUAGCUUCACCACAGCGCAUUCAGGUAUAAGGGUUUUCCCACCUGUGAAUUUGGUUAUAUCAUCUGACUUUUCUCUCUAGCUGCUAAAACUGUAUUUUCAAUCAUAAAACAAUUUUAUUUUAAAAGAAUCAUAGUAGGAAGGGAUCUUGAGGGUCAUCAACCCCCAGCAAUGCAGGAAUCUCAGCUGAAGCAUCCAUGUAAGAUAGCCAUCCAACCUCUGCUUAUAAACCUCCAGUGAAGGUCCACCACUUCCAAAGGACUCGGUUCCAUUGUUGAACAGCUUUCACCAUCAGAAAGUUCUUCCUGAUAUUUAAUCAGAAUCUCCUUUUUUGUAACUUGAAGCCAUUGUUUCGGGUCCUAGUCUCCGGAACAGGAGAAAACAAGCUUACUCCAGCGUCCAUGUGACAGCCCUUUAGAUAGUUGAAGAUGGCUAUCAUGUCUCCUCUCAGAUGCCUCCUAUUCCAGCUGAGCAUACUCAAUUCUCUCAACCGUUCCUCAUAAGGCUUGGUUUCCAGACUUUGAUCAUCUUGGUCGCCCUCCUCUACACUUGUGACAGCUUGUCAAUAUCCUUCUUAAAUUGUAGUGUCCAGAACUGGACAAAGUUUUCUAGAUGUGGUCUGACCAAGGCAGAACAUAAUGUUACUAUGACUUCCCUUGAUCUGGAGCUAGACUUCUGUUGAUGCAACCUAGAAUAGCAUUAGCCUUUUUUUGCUGCUGCAUCACACUGUUGACUUGUGUUAGGCUUGUGGUCUUCUAAGACCCCCAGAUCCUGUUCACAUGGCAAGCCAGGUGUCCCCUAUUUUUGUGCAGCUGGUUCUUUAUGCCUAAGUGCAGAACCUUACAUUUGUCCAUAUUGGAAUUCAUUUUGUUAGUUUGGGCCCAGUUAUCCAAUCUGUUGAGGUCAUCUUGAAUCCCAAUUCUGUCUUCUGCAGCAUUUGCUACCCCUCCCAGUUUGGUGUCAUCUGCAAAUUUGAUGAACUUCCCCUCCAUUCAUCCAAGUCAAUUAUAAAGGCAUUAAACAACAAUGGGCCCAGGACAGAAUCCUGUGGCUCCCACUUGUUACUUUUUUCCAGGAUGGUGAGAAGCCUAAAUGAGCAUUCUUUGAGUUUGGUCAGUCAACCAGCUACAAAUCCACCUAACAGUAACCUUGUCCAGCCCACAUUUUAUCAGCUUCUCCACAAGAAUAUCAUGGGGGACUUUGUCAAAUGUCUUCAGUUUAGCUUUAAGGCCUUUAACAGUAAUGUCACUGUUGUUGUUUCCCUGCCCCUACAUUCCCCAUAUGCUCUCAAAUCUGCCUUGCAUGUGCCAAUUCAUGGAUUUCUUCACAAGUGUACACAUCCUUUACACAAAAUGCUACCCCUCAUCCCUUCCUAUUUGGUCUGUUCCUUUUGAAUAGGUUAUACCCCUCAAUUUCUGCAUUCCAGUCAUGUGUCUCAUCCCACUAGGUUUCACUAAUGUUUAUUAGCUCAUAUUUGCCAUCCUGUACAGUGGUGCCUCGCAAGACAAAAAGAAUUCGUUCCGCGAGUCUUUUCGUCUUGCGAUGUUUUUCGUCUUGCGAAGCACGGUCCGUCGCAACUGCGCCUCUUCAAGCCGCUUUAAAAAAAAAGCGCAAGACGUUUUCAUCUUGCGAAGCAAGCCCAUAGGGAAAUUCGUCUAGCGAAGCAACACAAAACCGAAAAACCCUUUCGUCUAGCGAGUUUUUCGUCUUGCGAGGCAUUCGUCUUGCGGGGCACCACUGUAUUAAGAGCUCAAAUUCACCUUGCUUCCCAUUCUCUGUGCAGUAGUCUAGAGACAAGUGAAACCAUGUGUCAUUCCCUCCAGCUCAGCUGUUUUCUUCUUAUAGUUUCCUGCCCUUUGAUAGGUUGCUAUAGCACCACCUCAGUUUCCUGUGCAUCAGUGAAGCUGCUAUCCCCAGUACCAGCUGUUCUCCUGUCGUCUGUACUAUUGUCUCCCUCCCCCUCAAGUUUUAGUUUAAAUCUCUCCCGAUCAGAUUCACAAGAUUCUUAGCAAGCACAUUCUUGCCAACCACCAUAAGGUGCAAUCCAUCUUUUGCCAGAAGUCCUCCUUCAACAAAGCGGAGACCGUGGUACAAGAAUUCAAAUCUUUCCUGAUGACACCACAUGUGCAGCCAGUGGUUUACUUCCAGUUUUUUCCUUUCUCUUACUGGGCCACAACCUUCAGCAGGAAGGAAAACCAGAAAAAACAACUGAGCCCCAAGGCCCGUCAGCUUCCUACCCAGAGUCUCAUAGUCCCUUGUUAUACAUCAAGGGUGUGUUGAUACUAGCAGUAUUGUUUGUACCCCCAUGAGUCAUCAGGAAAGGGUUGAGGUCAGUAGGCUUUAUAAGACGUCUGUCGCAUCGUGAAACUUUGCAUCUGAAAGACAGCACACCUCCUGUUAGCUCCGCACACUACUGUCUCAGUCCCCUUCAGUAGGGAAUCACCAUUACAUCUCUCUUCCUCAUCUGAGGAAUGACAGGAAUUCUUCUGUACAUUGUACCUUACAUAGCUACCUUAAGUACUGAGGUCUUCAACUGCUGUCCUUGCUCCUCUGGUCCAGAAUCAGUGUCCAAGAUGGGGGCAUGUAAUCAAUUUUGCAGCUCCAGUGAUAGAGCAUGGCUUCUGACAGUCCUGCUUCUGUAUGUCCUAUUCCUUCAGUCGUUUGUCUUAUGCAUUGGACAGUCUUCUCACUUCCCAGGGGCACCCCUCACUGCAUUACUGUUCCAGGACAGUCCACUCUGCUCUAUCAAGAAAUUCCUCAUCUUGCCCAACAACUCAAGUAUGAGUUUCAGUAUCUCUGCAGGUGUGAGUUUUCUUGGUUCAGGUGUAGUUUUGCACAUUCUCAGGCAGAAAGACAACCAUGGCACAGAUGUUGCAGGCACUGCAGCAGCUUUCUUGCCAUCCAUGCCACUUGGUCCUAGAUCUUUCUUCUAUGUGUUCAGUUUCAUCCUUAGUAAGAAGACAGUAUUAUUACUAAUAAUUAUUAAUUAACUACUGCCAGGUUUUGUUUCAUUAUUGGAACUGUAUUUUAUGUUUACAUCUCGCCAAAGAACUUAUUCUUGCUUAUUUGUGCACUGUGGAUGGUGUGUGCAUUGGGUGGAAUCCAGUUGGUCCUUCUAGCACUGUUGUUCCAAAGGAGGCAUCUGCUAAUGGAGAUGGGGAGGCCAGUUUCCUUCCCUCUAUUGCAGUCCAGCAUCCCCCUCCCUCAAAAGAAAAACCUGUUUUGGGACCCUUCAAAACAAAAUUUCAGGGGGAAUUGUGGGCUGUAGUGGGGAGAGAAAACAUACAAAAAUAGUCUCUUCUACUGAUCCACUUCUUCCUGGAUCAGAAGUCUUUGCACUUGUGCAAAUGCACCAAUUGGAUGUAGCCAAAGGAGGCAUCUGCUAAUGGAGAUGGGGAGGCCAGUUUCCUCCCCUCUAUUGCAGUCCAGCAUCCCCCUCCCUCAAAAGAAAAACCUGUUUUGGGACCCUUCAAAACAAAAUUUCAGGGGAUAUUGUGGGCUGUAGUGGGGAGAGAAAACAUACAAAAAUAGUCUCUUCUACUGAUCCACUUCUUCCUGGAUCAGAAGUCUUUGCACUUGUGCAAAUGCACCAAUUGGAUGUAGCCAAUUCAUAUUCCAUACUGAUUUGCAUUCUGAGUUGUCACACACAUAACAUGUACAUACAUUUUUUUACUUCUUCUAUACCCUUUUGUGGCUAAACUGUGCAUAUAACCUAGCAGUGGAGGGGAAACAAGACUUUAUGAAGUUAUAAAAUAUGAUUCUACUAAAUUGUUAAAUCUCACGUGAUAAAAUAUUUCCAUUUUUGUUAUAGAUUGUCACUGAUCAGCAAACAGGGCAGAAAAUCCAAAUAGUAACAGCAGUGGACUCAUCAGUCUCCCCAAAGCAGCAGUUUAUAUUGGCUAGUCCAGACGGAACAGGAACAGGGAAAGUGAUAUUGGCUGCACCUGAGGCUUCUAAUACCAAGCAACUUAUCUUUACCACCACAGAUAACAUUGUGCCAGGCAGAAUACAGGUAAACACAGCAAUUAAAUAAGGGUAUAUGUGUCAGCCAUUAAGCAAAGGAAACAUUACAUAGCUUAUUAAAAAUAAAAUGUUUGUUUCAUGGGAUAAUAUAUGCAGCGAGUAUAAGAUGUACACGUGAAACAAAAGUAAUCAUAUUCACCACAAUAAAUAAAUAUGAAUGCUAAACAAAAAUAAUUGUUUCUGAGAAUGAAUUAUGUGUUAUAUGAGGCAGAAGGUAUAUAGUUUUUCCUGGAUUGUUAUAUAUACUGAUUCAAUGGAUAUGCUUAAUGGUCAGUUAUAACAUGUCUUGUUACAAUCUGAUUCAUAUAAAAUUAUUUACUGUUGAAGGAUUGCUUGUUUUAUCUGAAAACAAUGUAAGUGCUGCCACAGUUGAGGUGGCUACUGAUCAGCUCCUCGCAGGGUUAUUUACUUAAUGAUACAAUAAUUUAUAUCCUGCUUCUUCACUCAAAGUGGCUAACAAAAUAUAAAAACAAACACAAUAAUAAAGAAACUAUAAUUAAAACAAGUUACCAAAAAACUAAGACAAAAAGCAGCUUGAGAGAACAAGAGCAAUGAGAGCCAAAACAAUAAAUAAAUAAAUUAAAUUAAGUAACAAGCAAGUCAAAGUUUUGAAUAGACAUCUUCAAAAUACUGGCAGAAUGCAAAUGGGAUGUUAUUUUGGGGCAGGGAAUUCCAGGUGCUGCCACAGAGAAAACUCUUGUACAUUGUCACAGAACAGAAUUCACAUGGAAGAGUGGGUGUUUCAGGUAGUUUGAUUCUAAACUGUUUAGAGCUUUAAGGAUAACUGGCACCUUGAAUUGUACUCAGAAAUGAAGGGGCAGCCGGGGCAGCUGAUAUAGUAAGACACCAGUUUGCCCCGUGAAUAUUUUAUUGGCAGCAUUCAGCACCAAUUGAAUUGAAUUGAAUUUUUCAAAGGUAGCUCCAUAUAGAGCAUGUUACAGUAGUCCAGUCAAUAUGCGACUAAUGCACGUUGGACCAAUGGUAGGUCUGACUGUACCAGUAAUGGGCACAGCUGGCACACCAGUUGAAGCUGCACACAAAAGUACUGCAGGCCACUUGAACAUAUUGUAACAAGACCAGAUCCAGAAGUACUCCUAGGCCACAAGCCUGAUCUUAAGAGGAGUGCAUCCUGUCCAUAAUAGACUGAUAUUUUAUCCCUAUUCUAGUAGGCCUACUGGCUGUUAGUACCUCUGCCUUGUCCAAAUUUAACUUCAGGCUAGUCAGUCCAUCACUGACUCCAAACACCAAUUCAGCAGCUCUCCAGAAGGAGAUGGCAAUAAGAUAUAGAACUGAGUUAAAAAAAUUGCCUCCAGAAGAUUGCCUCAAGGGCAUGCUAGUCUGCAAGACUUUUGGCUUGAGUAGGAAUGUAUGGAGCAAGCCUGCCAUAUGAUGCCAGCCAGAAAACAUUUAGUUGUUGAGCUGCCACUAAUGUGGUUUUUCUCUUUCCAUUGGCCUGUUGUUAAUCCAAUAUAAGGUUUUUCACGUUGUCUUGAAACCACUCCUGAACUUCUGUAUCCUUUCCCCCUUUUUUCUCACUGCAUUCCUAUUUGUCCAUUUCAUUAUUUUUUAAAUCUCAAUUUAGUUACUCACUGCUGCUACUUCUGCAUGGAACAUCUCCCUUUCCAGAGUCUCCAUACUUCCCCCCUUUCUUUCCUUGCAAAGUACCUAAAAUCCUGUCAUUACUUUCACUUGUCUUCUAUGUUAACUUGAAUGGGACUUCUUCUGAUACAACUAUGUUUAAAAUAUUUAGGCAGCUCCUUUUUCAUUUAGUUUGAGAUGGAGAGUGGCACUGUAAGCCUUCUAAAUAUUUCAUUUUAGAUUGUGACUGACUCUGCCUCUGUGGAACGUUUGUUGGCUAAAACUGAUGUCCAGCGACCCCAAGUAGUAGAAUAUUGUGUUGUCUGUGGAGACAAGGCAUCAGGUAUGUUCUGUAGGAGAAUUAUUAGAUGUGGUGCAAGAAAUUGACUGUGCUCACUGAUGUCAAAAAUGGCACUUGUGGAUUGUUAAACAGAUGGAUUUGAUUCUAGAACAUUGUUCUGGCAAAACAGCUCAAGCUAGAUAUUGCCCAGCAGAGUAUAGUUCUAUUCCACUUUCUCCUGAGAGUAAGUAGCAAUAUUAUGAGGGCCUGGAGAAGAAUAAGCUGCUACAUGGCAUAGGUGGUGUUGAGGAAGCUUCUGAUUGAUGACAUGAAUUGCCUGGCCACAUUUGGGUGUGCCUGGCAUAGCAGCUUAACAACAGAUGGAAGUUUAAAAUCAACCCCUAAGAGCUGUUAUACAUCUUGAUCCUUAUGCAAGCAAAACUCAAGCUUACAAUCCAAAUAUACAACCCUCAGAAAAUACAGUAUUUAUCACCAUCAGGGUAAGCCUGGGGAUUAUUUCAAAUAUAGUUUGCUCAACUACAGUCAUACCUCAGGUUGAAGUAGCUUCGGGAUGAAUAUUUUCAGGUUGCGCUCCAUGGCAACCCGGAAGUAACUGAGCACGUUACUUCCGGGUUUUGCCGCUCGCGCAUGCGCAGACGCUCAAAAUGAUGUCACACGCAUGCGCAGAAGAAGCGAAACACAGACGCGCAGUCGUGUGUUACGUUCAUUUCAGGAUGCGAAUGGGGCUCUGGAACGAAUCCCGUUUGCAUCCAGAGGUACCACUAUACUUUAACUUCAAAUUCUAGUAUUUUGACGCUCCUACAUACAUCACACCAGUUAGCAACAGAAACACAAUAACAAGGCCAUUCUUGUUUCCUGAGCUGAAUGAAAGCAUAGUUAGCAUUUUCUGCUUUCUGAAUAUCUGUGGAUAGAUAAAGGUAAAGGUACCCCUGCCCGUACGGGCCAGUCGUGUCCGACUCUAGGGUUGCGUGCUCAUCUUGCUCUAGAGGCCAUGAGCCGGCGCCGUCCGAAGACACUUCUGGGUCAUGUGGCCAGCGUGACGAAGCUGCAGCUGGCGAGCCAGCACCAGCGCAGCACACAGAAACACCAUUUACCUUCCCCUUUUAUCUACUUGCACUUAAGAGUGCUUUCGAACUGCUAGGUGGGCAGGAGCUGGGACCGAACGACGGGAGCUCACCCCUUCGCGGGGAUUCGAACUGCCGACCAUACGAUCGGCAAGUCCUAGACACUGAGGUUUUACCCACAGCGCCACCCGCAUCCCUUACUGUGGACAGAUACAUAAAUUCAAAAUCUGGCAUAGGGCUAAGUUUUCAUAUUUUUUUAAUGCAGAUUUCAGCAUUAAUGCCAUUUCAGCUGUCCACCUUGUUUUAGUCAACUCAUUGCUGCCUAACAAUCAUAGGAGGGACAUUGUUUGAAGAAACAGCAACAAAAACUCAUGCCAAACAGCAUUAUCCCCCUAAGAGAAGUUUUCUCUUAUUAAUGGUUAAUUUGUGCCAUGCAACAUGAGGACUCCUAAUGCUGCCAAAAAAUCAGGAGCGGCCAACAUGGUGAGGUGGUGCUGUGCAGGCAUUCACCCAACAGCAGCAUCACUGCUCUUUACCUAGACAGGGGUGAAAGGUCACUGGCAAGGUCAAGACUUCUUGGAUGUAUCAGUGCACCUGUGCAGCCCCAACCUGACCCACCACUCUGCCCCACCCUUUAGGGUUGCUGCCAUCAAGGGGCGCUGUGGCCCCUUUCUGCCAUGUCAGCCACUCCUGCACAAAAUUCAGUGGCUAAAUUGCUGACUGGGAGCCAGACAAAUGCAGCAUACAUCAUGCCAAUCUUAAAGCCCUGAUCUGUUUCUGGUCACAGUUGAAAAUAUUGAUGUAACCUUUAAGGUUAUAUGGUGAAGACUUUUUGCUUACAAGAAACCCACAGCUUAUUAACUAUAAAUGCCUCAAAUGUGGGACCAGGGUACUUUAAGGACCUGUUUCUCCCACAUGAAUCUGCCUCAAUGUUACGAUCAUCCUCAGAGGCCCCUUUUCAAGUCUUCCACCCUGGCAAGGAGAUUGGACUUAUAGCUGUGGUGCUCUGAUCCACUUGGUACUGAGUCUGAUGUGUUUCAUUUGCCCAUGAUUUAGAUUAUGAGUUAAGCUGGCCCUACACUGGCAUAUAUUUAACUGUUCUGUGUUUUCUACUUUUAAACCUUGUUUUAUUGUGUUUUGAAUGCUGUUAGUUGGUCUGCCUUCAGGCUGAAAAGCUGGAUAAGAAAUAUUCUAAAUAAAAUAAAUGCUAUGAGUAACCAUUUUAGAACCAUACUAGUACAUCACUGAUGGGUUUAAGCACAAAAUACACCCCAGUCUAACUAACAGAAUAGCAUGAGACUUGUGUGUCUAUGUGUGAAACCUGAAAAUGCAUGCAAAUACUUGAGGAUUUUCUUCUGAUUGGAAUACAAUGCAUAUUAAAAAUGUGAAAAAACUGAAAAGCAAACCACAGCAACAUCUGAACAAAGUACCCUGCAUAUUAUAAAAAUAGUUCUAGAAUUCAUCUUCCUGUCACAUUAGUUGUAUAUUCUUAAUUUCUGGCUUUUUUUAGGUCGUCACUAUGGUGCUAUCAGUUGUGAAGGAUGCAAAGGCUUCUUUAAAAGGAGUGUGAGGAAAAAUCUGACCUAUAGUUGCCGUAGCAACCAGGACUGUAUCAUCAAUAAACACCAUCGGAAUCGCUGCCAGUUUUGUCGGCUAAAAAAAUGCCUUGAGAUGGGAAUGAAAAUGGAAUGUGAGUCUAAAAUACACAGAGUGGUUCUUUGUCUAUCAAGUGAUAGAUAUGCAUAGACAAGCAGCCUGUUCUGUCAAGUAUAGUUUAGAGGCUUGUGGGUAAAAUCAAUUUCUAUUGUUCUUUUUUAAAAUUUUAUUAUCCAAAAUCAAAAUUUAUUUAAUGUUUUAUAUUCUAAGCCAUAGUUUUUGGAUCAUUUGCAUUGUGAAUGUUAGAAAUAAGCAUUAAAUGACUUAAAAUGUUUUUGUUACUUCAACCAUGUAGCAGCAGUGGUUGAGGUUUGAUAAAAUUCCAAUUACAUUACAAAAAUAGCUAAGAUGCUAUUCAUAGUGAAAGGUGUAUCUAAAGGUCAGAUACCUUGAAAAAUGGCAGUAUGAUAAGAAAUAAGAAAACACAGGGCAUGUUGUUAAGAAGCCACAGGGCAUGAGAUCCAGUAGCCUGACAGUACAACUAGGCAGAACAUUGGAACACUACUAAGUAAGAUGGCAUGGCUUGACAGUGAUGAGUAAUGUCUAGGAUGGACAUGAAAGUUAUACGAUGGUAGAAGCAAUGAGGUCACUCUUUACUGAAUAGAAGCUGCUUUGUAGGUAUCUAUUAUGCUUAAUAAUGCUGCCAUGUCUGCAAGUUUCCAGUCCUGGUUUAGGUAUGAUUCAUAGUGCCAGAGUGCACGGAAACACCGUUUACCUUCCCACCACAGUGGUACCUAUUUAUCUGCUUGCACUGUCGUGCUUUCGAACUGCUAGGUUGGCAGAACUGCUAGCUGGGGCAGAGCAACGGGAGUACACCCCGUUGCACAGAUUUGAACCGCCAACCUUCCAAUCAGCAAGCUCAAGAGGCUCAGUGGUUUAGACCACAGUGCCACCAGUAAUCAGCCAUCUCCACAUUUCUGAGAUUGAACUAUUGGAUAGAACUAUUGGGUAGAACUGGAACUGGUGCAAAGCAUUCACUUUCACUGAACCAAAUUGAGCUAAGACUACACAAGCUAAAGUCUUGCUUUAAGAAUUUACAUGUUUUACAAGUCUUUGAAUGAAUGAUUUACUUUUAAAGCUCUGUAUCUUUAUGUGAUUUAGCUGUACAGAGUGAAAGGAAGCCAUUUGAUGUGCAACGUGAGAAGCCAACGAACUGUGCUGCUUCAACAGAAAAAAUCUAUAUCAGAAAGGACUUGAGAAGUCCUCUAAUAGCAACCCCAACUUUUGUAGCAGAUAAAGAUGGGGCUAGGUAUGUGACAAAUGAAUCUUACUGAGGUGUAUGUAAUUCUGAGCUCUUUCAAAAUCACAGAAAUAGAAGAUAGCAUUUAAAACGUGACUCAAUUGGUUUCUAAUUAGUCCCUAGUUUUGAGAUGUUCUUUCUUGUGAGUUCAAAUGCUAUUAUAAUGUAUCAGUAUGGAACUUCCCAUACUUACUUGGAUGCUACCUGUCUUAAGUCAUGAUGUUAAUAAGAAAAUAUAGCUUCUUAAUCUUAUUAUAAAGGACACAGUACAGCUUAAUGUAUGACAGAACCUUGCCUCAAAGGAUUUGUACUGUUCAGGCGGAAAUGAGGCUGUGAUAUUGUAAACUCCCUGAGACAAAAACUUGUCAUGUGCUCAUCUCUGUUGUAUCAUGCAAAAUGAAAGGGCCUCUUUCUUUCACAGAAGGCGUUGUGAUCCAGCAAAGGCUCUUGCUGGAGCAAGUGGGGAAGUGAUUUUUACUGAAUUUCCUCUUCCUUCUGCAGUCUCCCUCCCAAGUAGCCACUCACCCUGUUUCAGAACGAUCCCCUAAACUUCUAGUCCACAUUCGGGGGCGGGGGGGGGGGCGGCAUACAAGGUAGAGGAUAAAUUGGUAAAAAUCGUUCUACUCCUUCCCAGCAAUGUGGCCAUUGCAUGAGUGGAGUUCUGCUUACAGGAUAUCUGGGUCCAAGUCCUAAAGUGUUUACCUGUCUAUAGGAGAAUAGCCAAUAUUCACAUUUUAAAUCAGAGGUGACUAACCUGUGGCCCUCAAGCUGUUGUUGCAUGACAACUCCAGUCAUCCCUGGCUGGGGCUGACAGGAAUUGGCUUCUAACAAUAUCUGGAGUGCCAUGGAUUAGCUAUCCUGCUUUCAAACUUGAAGAUACUUUGAUAGAGAAAUCUAUCAAAACCGAAAGGCAUGCCACUACUUUUAAUUAUCUGAAAGGGAAAUGGUGUGGUUCUUUAAUAAUAGAUUAUUACUCAUGCUCCCCUUUUUUGAACAGAUCAGCUGGCCUUCUUGAUUCAGGGAUGCUUGUGAAUAUUCAGCAGCCGCUAAUAAGAGAAGAUGGUACAGUUCUCCUGGCUACAGAUUCCAAGGUAUCUUCCGUAGAUUUCACUGUACAGUCCAUACGUUGUUGCUUGAAUAAGGUGCUUUCUGUGCAGAUAUAUAUGAAUACAUCAUUCCUCACAAGGAGCACAGCUCAGUAAAACUAUUGAAGGAUGAUUGUGUGAAGUAGAGCAUAUCCCAGCAAUGAAGAAAAAAGACUUGGCUCAAUCAACUGGCCAAUUUAUAUUUUGUUUAUUUUUUUCUUUUUCAAUGUAGUUUUAAAUUUUCUCUCCAUUGCCAUGUUGGGAAAGUGGCAUAUUGGUUUUAAUAAAUAAGUUUACUUAACACGUAUUCUUUACAUAUAUAUAUAUAUAUAUAUAUAUAUAUAUAUAUAUAUUUCUUUCUUUUGUAGGCUGAGACAAGCCAGGGUGCCUUGGGGACGCUAGCAAAUGUUGUAACUUCACUUGCCAGUCUCAACGAGUCGCUUAAUAAUGGAGACACUUCUGAAAUUCCACAAGAAGACCAAUCUGCAAGUGAGAUCACUCGGUAGGUACUUCAUAUUAAAAACCUACUUAUCUCCCAGGCCAUUAUAUGUAGUUAGUUAACUGAAUAAACUAGAGCAGCAGCAUGCCAGGCUAUGGAUAUAAGGCAAUGCCUUAUAUUAAAGCAUCACUGUCAAGUUCUAUAUUUAGAUUCUGUCAUCAACCUGCAUAACUUUAAUUACUCUGUUUAGCAUUUCAGGGAAUGGGUUAUAAAUAGCAAGAUAACAGAAUGCUGCUGUGAAGAUACUAUGAUAGUGAAGGGAUUUUCUAUUAAACUAUUUAUAAUUUGAUGUUUUCUAGUCAUGGGAUUCUACUACAGAGACUCUCUUUAAGUUUGUAAUGGAUACAAGUGUGACCUAGAACAAAAACUUUCAGUGUGGAAUGCUUCUAUUCAGAGUUCCAGCCAUUUUGUUUCAUUUCAUUCACUAACAAUGUUCAGUCUUUUCUUGGAUUGUCUGGAAAGUGGGGGUGGGGAAUUCAGCCCUUGGAGUUCUUAUACCUCCCUUUUGUGUGUAGAAGUUGCCAUUUUGGUAACGAAAGGAUAAGUACUCAGUGGCCUGGUUCGCAUGUCACAGUAAGCCAAACUAUGGGUUACCAGGACCACACCAAAAAUAAAACUGACAUCAUAAUGCCAUUAUACAAAUCUGUGGUGUGACCUCACUUGGAAUACUGUGUACCGUUCUAGUUGACUCAAAAAGGGUAUUGUGAAAUUGGAAAAGGUUCAGAAAAGGACACACUUGAACCUUGUGGGGAUCCUAUGAAGUUGAACAUUGGAAGAUUCAGAACAGUUAAAAGAAUUACUUCUUCACACAGCACAUAGUCAACUCUGGAACUCGCUCCCCAGGAGGCAGUGAUGACCACCAACCUAUGUGGCUGUAAAAACGAAUUAGACAGGAGGAGAGGGAUUAUCAAUGGCCACUAUCAGUGAUGGCUAUAUUUGGCCUCCAAAACUGGAGGCAGUAGUGCUUCUGAAAACUGGUUGCUGGAAGGAUUCUUGUGCUUGAAUCCUUCUUUCCCACUGGCAUUUGCCCACUAGAUGGGUCGUUGGCCUGAUCCAGCUGGCUCUUCUUAUGUUCUUAUGUGGGCUCCUGAAGAGGAACUUGCAGCUGCUUUGCUCCUUCCUGGACUUUUUUAUUGCUGCACUGAGCUAAGCCAACCUGUGGCUUGGUGUGUUGCCUGAAUAAAUCUUGACUAUAGUUCUUCAGUAGUGUGGAAACAGCUUGACCAUGAGCGUAUAUUCAGACAACACAUUAAGCCAACCUUUGGUUCAGCUCGGCACCGCAAAAGAAUAAUAAAAACAAACAAACAGGAAGGAGAAAUGCAGCUGCAAGUUUCUCUUUGGGAACCCACACAUUUGCACAGCCCUGGUAACUAUAGUUUGGCUCACCAUGCAUGACAUGUUAAGCAGGCCAGAUAAUUAAUUCACUAUUGAUACAUAUGUAUCUGUGUACAGAAGUAUAAGUGACAUUAUGUUUUAAUAGACUUACUCUUCUUUGCAGUGCAUUUGAUACUUUGGCUAAAGCACUUAACACCACAGAUGGAGCAACAGCUCAGAAUCUGGCAGAUGGGAUGGAUCCUACAGGUGGUGGGAACAUUCAUGUAAUCAGUAGGGAUCAGUCUACGCCAAUCAUUGAAGUUGAAGGACCCCUCCUUACAGAUACUCAUGUGACAUUUAAGGUGUGUGUGUUCCCUUAAUUUAUUUGGGCAAAUAUGCCAAGAAGCUCUAAGAAAAAAACCACAACGACUUUUAACAAGCAAAAAUAAGUCAGUGAACAUCAUCUUCACUUCCCAUGCUGUCUGUUUUCCUUGAGAGUUCACUAUUUCAUUGGAAUCUCUUCAGCUGAUGCCCAUAUUACAACUUAUAAAGGAGGGAGCAAUGGGUUACCCCUUAAACCCCAAUGGUAAAUUAAAUACAUGUGACCACACAUGCUUUCUGGCAGCUACUGAUGUUUUUUGAUUGAAAAAAUUCUCCAGCUUCGUAAAAUUUGAGAGCAGGACACAUUACUUGACUAUAAAAUGGAAGAGUUUUGUGACUAUGUACCAAAUGCCACACAUCUGUAAAAUACAAAAAUGAAUUCACAAUAUAUGUGUAAAUUUCAGACUUUUCAAAUUGCUAAUAGUUUUAUGCAUUGUACCUGAGUUACUCUAUAUUCACAGUCUUGAAGUGUUAUCUCUAACUGUAUUGCAGACCCUAAUUUAAAUUCAAACCAAUUCUUUCUGAAUACAAAGUGUGGCUUCAUUUGAGCUGUCAUUUUAAUGGGGCAGACUUUGUAUUAAGAUAGCUGGAUUAAACUGUUACAGAGUUUGAAUGUUUAAAGAAUUAACACUAUAACUUAUAAAGGCAUAUGGUAUAUUUAUGGUCCCAUAAUAAAAGGCUCUGAACAUGUUCUGUAUCCAAAACGCAUCUAUUAAUGAUUUUUGAAAGAAUUGAUGAAAAUGGGCUUUUAUACAUGUACAUUUCUGUUCUCUUACAGUUAACCAUGCCAAGCCCAAUGCCAGAGUAUCUGAAUGUGCAUUACAUUUGUGAGUCAGCAUCCCGCUUACUUUUUCUUUCCAUGCACUGGGCUAGAUCCAUACCUGCUUUUCAAGCACUAGGGUGAGCAGAUGAUUUCUUUUUAAUUUUUUACAUAAGGAAUUGGAGGGAUCUUCUCAAUCUAAACUAGCUGUGAAGAAUGAAAUUAUCACACAUCAAAUGACGCCUCACUCUUCCACCUGUCAGACUCCUGACUCUUCCAUGUCCCCACUUAGUUCUCACUAGACUCAACUCAAUCUUUUCCAUCUCCUUAUAUAUCCCAGUCUCUAUUUCCCCUCCAUACCCAAAGUCUUUCCAACAUCCCAUAUUCCUUUCACCCUUAUUUUGUUAUUGGUGCACGUGCUUCUGGGUUAUGAAGCUGGCUUGCUGAAACUAAUUAUUUGUUAAACUACAACCCCAAAUUCAGAUGCAGCAAUAUACAGAGCUGAAGGAAAAGCUAAAUAAAGGUUUCCAGUGACCUCCUGGAAAAAAGAGAGGAGGGGAAAGUGCAAUCCCUAUGAGGCUAGGUUCAUGAACACUGUGCUAUAAUCCAAGGUUGCCAAUAUUUUUAUACCCAUGGGUACAUUUGGAUUUCUGAGCAAGUGCUGGGGGUGCCACCCCUCCUAAUCACACACAGACGAGAAAGAAAGUACCUAUAUGCACACUUUAGAAUUGACCUGAACCUUGGAAAGCUCAUAGAGAUGAAAGAGGAAGUGGAAAUAUGCAAGUUCCUCAUUCAGCCCUCUUCAAGGAAGAAGAGGUAACAACCCUCACCAUCUCAUGACCAAGGGGACAGUGAAUGGGAGGUGGGGGCUCAGAAGCUUCUCAGGCACCAAGGAAGACCUCCUGGGCACCACAUUAGCGGCCUCUUGUGUAAACUAUGGUUUAGUGUGAAAUCCUAAUGCGGCUAUCAAUUUCAGUUAAACCAUCAGAAAAUCUUACACAGAUCCUAUUGUGUAUUUUGCUAGACUAUUUUAUGUCUAUUGUGGGAGGGAGCUUAAGCAGUUCAAAGUAACCAGCACGUUAUCUUUAAAUAAGGGUUCUACAGUUUUCUUUCUGUAAUCAAGAUUCUACUGACUUUUUAUUGUGUUUUGAAGAUUUCUGUAGAACUUGGGAGCAUUUUGGCACAGGCUAUGAAGUAGUGUAUUGCAUAACUGCUGAUAUUCUGUUUGUCAGAUAUUUUGCCUGUGACUUCUUUUCUCCCUCUCUUGAUUCUGUGGUUUUUUCUUAACUGUAAGUUCGUAUGUAACAUUACAUUUUCUGUGUUGCUAUUCAGCAUGGAGACUACCAAGAUGGGGGUAGGAUCUCAAAAAAUGUUUGGAAUGAGGGGAGCAAGCAAGGGACUUUGUAAGCAGCGGCCAUAUUGUCCAUUUUUCAGGACAAUUUUUCUUCCAGCUGUAACUGUUUUUUGAAUGGGAACAUUUGCCCUCCUACAAGCUAACACAAAUCCCACCAUUCUUUUCAGCAUAGCAACACGAGCCAGUCAAACAUUGCAUGUAAUACUGUUGCAUAAAAUAAACUUACCUACAAUAAAAUCCUAAUGGAGCCAGUGUGAGAGCCAGUGUGGUGUAGUGGUUAAGAGCGAUAGACCCGUAAUCUGGGGAACCAGGUUUGCGUCUCCGCUCCUCCACAUGCAGCUGCUGGGUGACCUUGGGCCAGUCACACUUCUCUGAAGUCUCUCAGCCCCACCCACCUCACAGAGUGUUGUGGGGGAGGAAGGGAAAGGAGAAUGUUAGCCACUUUGAGACUCCUUCGGGUAGUGAUAAAGCGGGAUAUCAAAUCCAAACUCCUCUUCUUCUAAUGUUCAGUAGUUACAAAAAAGAAUUAUAAUCUAUGCAGAAAAAUGAUACUGAUAAAUCUUACUAUAUUUAUUUGCCUUUGCACCUUUAGGCAGGACUGUAAUACAAGCCUCGUGCGUGCAUGCUGGAAUGAACUGUUUACUUUAGGCCUUGCACAAUGUGCACAGGUGAUGAGCUUGUCAACUAUUCUGGCAGCCAUUGUCAACCAUCUACAGAACAGCAUACAGGAAGGUAUGUGUGGCUAUUUUUUAAAGCUGUGAUUCUAAGCACAGUUAACAAGUUGUAAUCAUGGCAUUAGGACUUGCCUUCCAAGUAUAUGUGUAUAGAAUCUAGGGGCUAAAAGCAUCUGUUGGGUGGGAAUAAAAAUUUUACUAAGUUGUUUCUAGAAAAAAUGUUUCACCAACAACAAGGCAUGGAUCACACAUGUUGGGUCGUACAUUCAGCUGCUACAUAGUGGUUGAUGAGGAAACCUUGCCCACUCAGCAAGGCAGAGGGGAAUACACCAACCACUGUAAUAUUUAUUCUCUUGUGCACAUAUUUGUUUUCUGUCAUAAAGGUUUCCUUGAAGAAUUUACUGAUUUUCAUAGUAGAUUUACGAAACCAAAUCAAAUAGUUCUUCAGAAAAACACAAGAGUCCUUUGGCUUUUUUGUGUUUAUUUUUAAAAUUAUAGGCAGAAGUUUUAAAUGGAGCUCUAAAUGUGGAACAAUGAUUGUAGCCUAUUUAAUAGGCACUUGACAGUAACAAUUACUGUAUGAAAGCCAAUGAAUAGCCACUUAACUGCACUAGAAAAACUAUCUAAGAAACAACAGUGUCAUGCAUGAAUUUUGGCUUAAUUCUUUCCAAAGAGAAUAGGUACCAGUUGGAGAGUACCUACUGGAUGUAGAGAUUCUGAACUGUGGAAUACCUUACAUGGUUUGCAAAAAAAAGGGUCAAUGUUUAGUAAUAAACAUGAGUAAAAUGUACAUCUGGAAUUCCAUACCUUUCUGUUCUUGCCUACUUUCAUUUCUGGAUAUAGCAGAGUCUGUCCCAAGAGUGCUGCCUUUGCCCAGCAGAUAACAGAAAUAUCAGUUGUUGUACAAAAACCAUCUGCUAGAACCGUAAUACUAUAUUACUAAGUUGCAGGCUCAUGUAUCUACAGGAUAACUUUUUAGUAUGAUGGGUUUGGUUUUGGCUGUCUUGUUGUGCUUGUUAUGGGUCUAGAAAAAUAAAGUUAGCAGUUACCAGCAUUUACUGAUUUAAUUUGUUAAAUCCUUUCAAACUUAAUUAUAAUAGGCAGGUUCCGCCCCCAAGCAAAGCCCUCAAAAACAACAGAACUGAUGUAG